CCCCACGUGGUGAGCGAAGAGUCCCAAACUUGCGAGCAGCAAAAGGAGGCAUAUCCCCAUCUUCCACCGACCCAAGCCCAGCCAUUGACAUUCUUGCCCGGCCGCCGUCGGAUCAACCGCUCGCCCUCCCCCGCCCCUUGCUCUCCUCCGAGGGGAUCCCGCCGCCGAUGGGGUUCUUCCGCCGGAUCGCCGGCAUCUUCGGCGGCUCCAGGGACGACGCCGACCAUCCCGACGCCGCCGGCGGCUACAGCGGCGGCGGCGACGUCCCGCACGAAAAGGUGGCCGCUGCGGCGGCGGCGGCCGCCGCCGCCGGCCACGCCACGAGGCGCGGUUUCAGCGUCCAGGUGCCCGUCCCCGUCGACCGGCCGGCGCCCGGGCCCGUGCUCGUGCCCUGCCAUCCGGGGGACGGCGGCGUCCAGGGUUUUCGGUGGUACACAAGGAGGCUGAGGAUCGACGAAGACGGUGACGUCGCCGACGAGUUCUUGGACGAGGUUCUCCCGGAAAACUUUGCCAAUAGCGACGUAGCUCCGGUCGGAAGGUUUCAAGUGAAAUACAAUACGAGACCAACCGCUCUAGCAAUGAGAAAGCAGACGGUCGCUGUCGAUGGCGACAUCCGCCAUAGCCUGGAGCACCAAGGGAAGCUCCAGUGGGUGUGAGGGGUGCAACGUGAGACUGAGUUCUAGCGCCGAAUCAAGAACGGCCGUCCGUGCCCUGCUGGCCCUAGUAGCAGAGUCUGACCUCCGCCCCUUGCUGUAUGGAGCCUCGGAGGAGUGGGUCUAGGGUUCAGGGCUAUUGCAUUGCACCGUUCUCGGUUCAGCGUGUCGGGAUCUUGGCCGGUUAUUGUUGACCAGAUCCCUUUGUACCAGUAGUAGUAGUUGUACAUUGUUGGGGAGUGACGGAGGGAAAAGAGCUGCUGGAACUGUUGAAUGGGGAAUGUUAUUAUGUACUUGCAAAUAGAGGCAGCUCUGGUUGUUUGAACCGACAGAAUGAUGAUUUCUGUGUUGGAUUCCUUGUGUUC